CCACAAUCCCGUGUUUCUCGGACUGAACUGGACGCCACCCCAUUGGCGGCAGCCCAAGCUCAAGACCAGCUAGUCAAUAGUUCAUACAUCGCGCGUUCUCUUCUCCGUCCACAAUACCACCUAUCUCACGACGACAUGUCCGCAUCUCAAAAGCCCCGCAUUGACGACGAUGACCUGGACGAUCUCGACGAUGUUCUCGAGCAGUUCCAGCCGAAGGGAGCAGCACCGAAGCAGGCUGCUGCAGCGUCAUCUAGUAGCGCAACUCCAAAUCUGACGGCCUCGUCGACGGCAGCGAACACCCAGGCAAGCUCCCUCGACUCACUCGGCAUGGACGAGGACUUCAUGCGCGAGCUGAGCCAAGGCAUGGAGUCGCUCAUGCGCGAAAUCGUGAGCGGUGCGGAUCCCAAAGCAGACGGGGCAGGUGCAGCGGGUGCGAGCGCCGAGAGUGACCAGGACACGGACGAGAAGCAGAGGCAAGAGGCUCUCCAUUCUGCCUGGGAGAAGAUGCUCGCCGAGAGCAUGAACGGCGCCUUGAAUAUGGAGGGACAGCCGGAGGGAGUCGCUGGCGCAAGCGAAUCCACGAAGAGCGGGGGUGCGACUGCAGCGCCGCAAGACUCGUUUGAGGCGAGCAUACGGAAAGCGAUGGAGAAACUGAAGGAAAGCGAGUCCAGCUUGAAGGAUGGUGCUGGAGGUUCCGUGGACGAUCUCAUGGCCCAACUAGGGGAAGGACUCGACGACAUGGACCCCGGGGAGGCAGAUGAGUUGCAGAAGGUCCUCGAGAACAUGAUGACCGAGCUCAUGAGCAAGGAAAUCUUGUAUGAGCCGCUGAAGGAGUUGCAUGACAAGUUCCCAGACUAUCUGAAAGAGCAUGAUGCUACCCUCUCCUCCGACGACAAGAAGCGAUACGAUGUCCAGUACUCAAUCGUCAGCAAGCUCAUCACGAUCUUCGAUGAUCCCACGUACUCGGACUCGGAUCCGGCGAAAGCCACGCAAGUCGUAACGCUCAUGACAGAGAUGCAAAGCCACGGCUCGCCGCCUGCUGAGAUCAUGGCACCCUUGCCACCAGGCCUGGACAUGGGCGCUGACGGGAUGCCAAAGAUGCCUGACGGGUGUAUCAUUGCAUGAACGACAUCGGCUAGGCCAGACUUCUUCGCUCGCUCUCGUUGUACCACCUUCUUUCCAUGUAGCUUUAGUUGUGAGUUGGUGAAGGCAUCGAAACACGUAUACCAUGUACAUUGUAUAAUACCAACUGCAAAUUGCAACCACGAAGACGUGGCUUUUGGAGUCCAG